AGAUGCUGUGAAGGGCAUUUAUCUUUCACGAAGAAUCUUUUCAGAAAUCUUUCACGGCAUUUCUCUAUAUACCGUGCACAGCAUAAUUUGAAGCUGGUAGCAUCAAUAGAAAGAUGUGAGAAGAGGAGAGUUGAGAGCUACAGUGCUGAAUAAGAAUAAGAUCAACCAGAGACUACGAUGACUGCGGAGGUUCAGUUGAAGCUGGUCGUGCACCAGAAGCUGCAGCAGGUUCGGGGAGAUUCCAAAGAGGAGCUGAUUCUGCACCCGGCCUCUAUCCCCGGAUUGGAGGCGGGGAAGGUAGUGGAGAUCUCCCACCCAGACCUCGACUUCGCGAGACUUCUGCUGCUCGUGUCGCCGGGCUCACUCCGAGAUGACCAGAAAUGCGACAUUAUCAGCGUGGAGACCACCCUAGUUGAGACGUUUCACCUGCGUAACCAGGUGUGGGCGCACGUGAGCGUGCGCCUGGUGGACCCUGCCGACGUGGCGCUCGAUUCUGUGGAGCUGCUCUUCCGAGACCACUACCUGAACCGCAGCGACAUGUGGCGACUGAAACUCAGCCUGGUGGGGAAGGUGCUGCACCACAAGAAGAGCGUCGAGUUUUGCUCGCAGACUGUGCGCUGCCAGGUGUUUGAAAUGUGGUCGCAGGGCGAUCGUGUGGCCUGUGGACUCGUCACACCGGACACUAAGGUGGUGUUCCGGUCUGCGACCAGCAUGUUCCACCUGUAUAUUCAGAUGUCCGAAGAAAUGUGGGACUUCGACGUCUACGGGGACCUCUACUUCGAAAAGGCGGUCAACGGCUUUCUCAGCGAUCUCUUCAACAACUGGAAGCGCAACAACACGAAUCACGAAGUCACCAUCACGCUGUUCUCGCGUCUGUUCUACAAAGCAUCCAGCAUCAACGAGUUCCCCGAGUACAUGCAGGAGAACGUGCAGCAGGACUUCAGGAAUAUGUUUUACGAGGAUUUCUACAGGGUGGCCGUUCAGAACGAGCGGUACGACGACUGGACGCCGGUGCUGUCCACCAUCCGGCACCAGUUCAUGGGCUACCGGGAGAGUCUGCUGAACUUCCACCGGGACCGAGCGCCGCCGGGCGCGCCGCCGCCGCCCCGCGCCGUGCUCAGCUCGGCCGCGCAGGGCAACUUCCUCGAGGUGCUCAACAUCUCCAUGAAUGUGUUUGAGAAGCACUACCUUCACCGCUCGCUGGAGCGAACCGGUCAGAUGUGUGUGGUGGUCUCGCCCGGCGUGGGAGUGUAUCAGGUGGAGCGGGAGCUCAACAACCUCACCAAGCAGCGCAUCAUAGACUACGGCGUGGGAAUCGACCUGGUGUGCGUGGGCGAGCAGCCGCUCCACGCCGUGCCUCUGCUUCGGUUCCACAACAAGGGUCUGGCAGAGACUCAGGACUACUACCUGCCGCACACGUGGAUCAACCUCAGCUUCUACUCGUCCAACAAGCGGGUGGGCUACUCGGAGUUCGUGCCGCGCAUCAAGGUGCCGCCGGGCGCGCCCAAGACGGCCGUGUCGCGCGUGCAGUCGGUGAUCCCCCGCGGCCGGCCACCCACCAGCGAGCACGCCAUCCCCAGCUCCGUCUACGACUACGACGCGCACGACGCCGAGGUCUUCAAAAAGCCAGACACAUUCAAACAGUCCACGAUGACGCUGCAGCGACUGCCGCAGCGGAAGCGCACCGUCACCACGUCCCAGGUGAAGACGUCCCGCCGCGCCGACUCGGUCGUGUCGUCACCGAUCCACGAGCAGGUCUACAGCUCCUCCGCGUCGGGAUUCGUCACACCAGCGCGCAGCUCACCGCUGGUGCAGAGCCCCUCGUCGGCCAGCGGCGGCGAACUGCUCUCCUCGUCGUUCGGAUCCGUGUUCGCCGGCAGCGACCGGUCCGACGGCAGCGCCAACGUGCGUCGGCUCUCGUUUGACGACAGCGACGUGAACCGCUCGCCGCCGCGGCCGGCCACUUCGGCCGUGUCGGCGUGCGACCUCAGCCUGAGCCGCGGCACGGGCACGCACCGGCCCGGCCGCGCCCUCUUCAACCCAUUCGACCCGAGCAACAUCGUGGUGAAGCACACCUCCAACCGCCGCCGGUGGACGCACAUCUUCCCGAAAGGACCCAAAGGUGUGCUCUUUCAGCAGCAUCACUAUGCCAACGCGCGCGGCCUGGACGUCGGCGGAAAAGACGCGCCUCGGGUAUCGAGCGACCAGGCGAUGGGCAGUCCGUCUCUGUCGUUCCUGUGGGGCGCCUCCAGUACCGGCGAGCAGGAGUGGUCGGCCCACAUUACCACAGGUGUGGACUGGAAGUCCCUGACCACGCCGGCGUGCCUGCCCAUCACCACCGACUACUUCCCCGACGAGCGCAGCCUCCAGAAGGACUACUUCCUCUUCGAGUACAGCAUCCUGCCGGACGACGUGGGCGGCUGCGCCGAGGACGUCGGCGGCGCGCACCGCCAGCUCACCACCCGCGAGGUCUUCACCGAGAUGGUCUCACAGCGGCUCUGUCAGGGUUUCCAGCUGGUGGUGCCGUCGGUCAAGGUGACUGCCGCGGCGCCGGCCGUCGGCCGAGCCGUGUUCGCUCAGCGCGCCGUCCAGGAGCAGCGCGAGGAGUACCUGCUCAGCAUCGGACGCAUCUUCCACCGGGUGCUGCUCUGCGGCUCGGCCAUCAACGUCACGCACUACCGGCCCAGACACCCGUACCCGGUGAAGCGGCACCGGUACCGCUACCGUGCCCAGUGCCACCACCACCCCAGCUACGUGCUCUGUCAGGCGGAGCUGAGCACCGACCGGCCAGAGAGCUACAACUGGAACUUCCUCGACAACUACGUCUGCACUAAAGGCGGCGUCGACUUCCAGCUGACGCCCAGUCUCAAGUACUGGCGCUGCCGGUUCCUGCUGGUGCCCAGCCUGCCGGCGUGCCGGGACCCCAGCCACCCGGCCGGCGCGGCGCCCGACCACCGCACGGUGGUGGACAACUUCAUCAAGUUCAUCAGCGCAGUGACGUUCGCCCUGAACCGGUUCAAACGCCACCAGCCGACCACGGCCCGGCCACAGAUCAGGGAGCGUCUGCCCAGUAACCGGAUGGACCAGCGGAGUCGCGCCCGGUCCGGCAGCAGCGUCAGCAAGGCGGGCAUCAGACCGGCGGUGCCGACCGCCUCCAACUCUGCCGAGGACGUGUCGACGGGCACGUGCGGCGGCCCGCCCAGCUCCGGCACCCUGCUGACCCGCACGGCGCCGCCCACGGAGGUGUCUGAGGCGCUGCGCUCGCCGGACACGGGCCUGCCGUUUCUGACCCGCUGCGUGCACGGCGGCCUGCCCGAGUUCACGUUCAUAGCCGCCGACCUUGUGCAGUGGGUGUACCAGCACGUGGCCGGGCUCAGCUCCGAGGCGGAGGCCGUCGCCUACUGCAAGGAACUGUGGAACGCUGGACUGAUACUUCACGCGUCUAGGGAUGCCAAGAAGCCGUUUAUGAACGGUUUCUGCCUGUUCUGCCUGACUUCACCAGCGGACGGCCCUCAGCUGAGCAGCGCGGCGCACCAGGAGCAGUUCAGCGACUACUGGCUGGAGGUGGAGAGCCAGUUCUCGUGGCCUCCGCCGGCGCCCGUCGGCAGUCGACUCUUCUCACCCGCCCUGCCGCCCGACGACGCACACGGCGUGAGCGAGAUGCGUCGCGGCGCGCUCAGCCUGGACGUGUCCUCCAAGUCGGACCGCGCCGAAUGGGGCGAGAUCAGCUACGAGAGCUCCUUCCGACCGGACCGGGCGUACCAGUUCUGUAUCAACUGGCUGGUCGGCACCGGCAGCCUCAUCUCCGACCUGGUGGUGGGCUGGCAGCGGCGCGCGCACAACUUCGGCCUGCGCCUGUUCCCCGUCCCGGCCGUGAUGUGUCCUGGCGACCAGGGGGAUAUCGACCCGCUGCGCAUCGCCGUGCCGGUGCCCAUCGCGCUCGACCAGCUCCGCCGGCCCGGACGGCCGCUCUUUGACGGUUUCGACCCGGCGACCUGGCCGGAGCGGCUGCUGCUACUGCAGACGGCCAUAUUGGAGCAGUUCAGCUUCGUGCGGGUGCGCGGGCCGCGACCGGAGCCGCCGUACCAGUUCGUACACAGUCACGGUCACUGCUUCGUGCAGAUCCUGGAGCCCGAGUUUGGGGAGGACGGCGACCCGGUCAAGGCCGACCUGCAGUGGCUCAACAACAGUCUGAUGUCGCGCCGGUGGCGGGUGGGGGACGACUCGGCCGACCGGCUCAUGGCCGAGCUCACCGCCUUCUGCCGUAACGACGACGACCGGCUGGUGCUGUUCUGGCGGCAGGCGCACACGGAGGCGCUGCUGCAGCAGCCCACGCCGCCUCCCUGAGCGGGGGUGCCCGAUGGAGCAGAUCACCGUGCAGGGUAGGCGCGCCACGGUCGUUCGCGAUGGAGACUAGAAAGCUAUAUGCUUGUACAAUAGACAAAGCUGCUGUUCUUAUCUCCGAAAAUAAUAGGAUGGACUAUGGAGAAUUACUGAGAAGUGCGACGACCACGCUACAUAGCUGUUAUCUGCAGUGGCUGAUCUGAUGUAACGUGAUUGUUACGUUUGCCUACUGGAUCAGGCGCCGGCUCGACCACUGCGAUGCCCGCCUCCCAGAGGAUUCCGUGGCCGCGGGGUCGGCUGCAGAAGUGGUAUCCUGGUAUCCACUGCGCCUGUCGUUGUUGUGGAAGUGUGUUACAACCUGAUGCAGGCCAUCUUAUGUUCCAGUCAUUGUAUUCUAUCAUAUCUGGGGAAGCUAUCAUGUUACAUUGAUAUAUUGUCAUUUGAUAAGGGAUGUUAUCUCAUAGUUGCGCAAUGCGCAUGCUUUAUAUGUGAUGAACAGUGCCGUGUUAUGGAUUGGGGUACGAUGAGGCCAAGGGGCUGGCGAAGUGUAUGUCGUGCGUAAGUGUCGAUGCCCGAGCUAAAUGCAACAGUAAACAGAGUGCUACCGAUACGAUCCGGAGUGGGUUGCAUAAUUCUUGUGAGAGAAAGUGCAAUGUUACGAAUAUGUCGCCGUAAUAAACGACUGUAACUGGUCA